GUAGUGGCCGGCCGUUGCGAUGGGGGUGGGGAGAAGGGGGCCGAGCCGCCGCCGCCGUCGCCGCCGCCGCCGCUGCCGCCGCAGUCGCAGUGGGUGUUUGUGUUUGGGGCCGGGCACCCUGGACCACAGCCGGAUUAUGUCGGUGUGAGGAUCUGCCGGCACCCCUCGGCCGUCCGGAGCCUCUGCCAGCCCUUCCUCCACCCCUGGCGCCAUGGGGUCCAUCCUAAGCCGCCGGAUCGCCGGGGUGGAGGACAUCGACAUCCAGGCGAACUCGGCCUAUCGGUACCCUCCCAAGUCCGGAAACUACUUUGCCACACACUUUUUCAUGGGAGGUGAGAAAUUCGACACCCCUCACCCUGAGGGUUACCUCUUUGGAGAGAACAUGGAUCUGAACUUCCUGGGCAACAGACCGGUGCAGUUUCCCUAUGUCACUCCUGCUCCCCAUGAACCUGUAAAGACUCUAAGAAGCUUGGUGAAUAUACGCAAAGACUCCUUACGGCUUGUGAGGUACAAAGAUGAUGCUGACAGCCCAACAGAAGAGAACGAGAAGCCAAGAGUCAUGUAUAGCCUGGAGUUCACUUUUGAUGCUGAUGCUCGAGUGGCUAUCACAAUAUACUGCCAAGCAAUGGAGGAGUUCAUGAAUGGAAUGGCAAUAUACAGCACAAAGAAUCCUUCUUUGCAGUCUGAGACAGUCCAUUAUAAGAGAGGGGUGAGCCAGCAAUUCUCCCUUCCUUCUUUCAAGAUUGAUUUCUCAGAAUGGAAAGAUGAUGAGUUGAACUUUGAUCUGGACCGGGGUAUAUUCCCAGUAGUGAUCCAGGCUGUUGUAGAUGAAGGAGAUGUUGUGGAAGUGACCGGUCAUGCCCAUGUGCUAUUAGCUGCUUUUGAGAAGCAUGUUGACGGCAGCUUCUCCGUGAAACCUUUAAAACAGAAGCAGAUUGUGGAUCGAGUCAGCUACCUCCUCCAGGAAAUCUAUGGCAUUGAAAACAAAAACAACCAGGAAACCAAGCCGUCUGAUGAUGAGAACAGCGACAACAGUAAUGAAUGUGUUGUGUGCCUAUCUGACCUGCGAGACACUCUGAUCCUUCCCUGCCGACACCUUUGUCUUUGUAACUCAUGUGCAGAUACCCUGCGCUAUCAAGCAAAUAACUGCCCCAUCUGCAGGCUACCUUUCCGGGCCCUCCUACAGAUCCGGGCAGUGAGGAAGAAACCAGGAGCGCUGUCCCCUGUCUCAUUCAGUCCUGUUUUAGCACAGAGCAUGGACCACGAUGAACACUCUUGUCCCUUUAAAAAAUCAAAGUCGAACCCUGUCUCAUUGGCCAGCAAGAAACCUAAAAGGGAAACAAACUCAGACAACAUCCCACCUGGAUAUGAACCCAUCUCCUUGCUGGAAGCUCUGAAUGGCCUUCGCUCCAUCUCUCCAGCUAUUCCUUCGGCUCCUCUUUAUGAAGAAAUCACUUAUUCAGGGGUUUCUGAUGGGCUCUCUCAGGCUGGCUGUCCUCUCGCUGGGCUCGAUAGAGCCUUGGAGAGCAGCCUUCAGAAGAGCAAGCCAAACAAGUCUCCAGACAGCACAUUACGUUCCCCAUCAUCUCCUAUCCGUGAAGAAGAUGAAGAGAAACUGUCUGAAGAUUCUGACUCACCUCCCCCACUGAGUGGUGCUGAGCUAGUCCUUCGAGAGAGCAGCUCCCCAGAGAGCUUCAUAACUGAGGACAUUGAAGAGGUGCCAUCUCUAAAACAAGAGAGCCAAGCCCCAUCCAUAGAGGACGUCUUACAGGACAGCAGCACCGAGCACAGAAGCCUUAAUCAACCUGGGAUCGACCCUCCGGCUGACAUAUACCUACCAGCACUGGGUCCUGAUUCCUGCUCUAUUGGUAUAGAGGAAUAAGAUGGAAGUUCAGCCUCGAUGGAGACCCCCCAAAGCCACAGUAUGAAUGGUUCUACUCGGCCUCCAGUCUGUGACCCCAACCCUGAAUAUCGGGAGGCUGAACUGACUCCUCUCUAAGAUCUCAGCCAGGGAGUGGUUUGGAGCCUUCAGCUCAUUAGGCCUUUGUGAAAGGGCCUUUCGAUCUGGACACCAAAAUACACGCACAGACUCUCCUCUCUCUCCAACCUCUGUGGGAAUACUAGGCUCUGAGAUGCCACACAGACUUUGACCAAAAGAGCACAGCUAACCUUACACUCUGAUUACUUCCCUUUUUGUAUGUUAAAUUUAUUUGUAAAUGGUACAAAAUGAAGGACAGCAGCUUUUAUCAUGGAGCCAUUGAGGGCUUUUUUCCCUGCAAUACCCCAUUGGUUGGGGUAGGCAGGACUCAGGAGGUAGUUCCUUCUCGGAGAGCAGAAGUAACUGCUUAUAAGGCCAGCCUGGAGUUGGCACAGUUUAUAUUUUUAAAGCCUGGCAUGUCUCUGAAACUUGGGGUUCAGGACUGGUAAACUCCCUAUGGUGGUGGUGGUUUAUGUCUGCAGGAGAGAUUUUAGGGAGUAGGUGAGACAUUUUCCUCAGAGGUGGUUUUGAGGGGGGAUUUUAACUUUGUUUUUUGUUGGGGAGAGGAACCUUGCAAAAGAAAGGGGGAAUCAAAUCAAAGUCUAUGAAGGAAAAUAGUGUACAUUUUGUAACACAUGGUGGCUCCUAGUAGCCUUCCGCUGUUGCCGGUGUUUGCAUCAUCAACAUGCUUGUUUGUCACAAGCAUGACCUACUGCAGCAGCGCCUGUCCCUGUAGUGUCUUCUCGUUCAUGCCUCUUUAUCAUGUGAUUGCUCUCUUUGCUUUUAUUUCAGCUGUUGGCCAUUUGGGUUCAAAGCAAUUGGUCCUGUCCUCCAAGGGGACUCUGGGAUCAUUUUUUUCUUCAUCAAGACUUUUCAGGGUGAGAGUUCAUCUAAUUGGAGGACACUGAUUUCCAGAAGCAAAACAGACUGCUGGGUCUACUCAAUGACCUCUGAGCCCCAAGGGAUGCCUGAGUCAAAAUAGCAUCCUCUUCUCUGGGAAGGUAGUUGAGACUACAUGCAUCUGAAGUGAGAACUACCAGGAAGGUCUGGAGAUGUUACCUUCAUUUGGUUUGGCCUCUCUUGCAAGUACCCUGGCAAUGGAUCUGCAGUUUGAGCAUGGAUUUUGGUUGGGACUAAAAAGCUCAGAUUUUGGUUUUAAACCAAGUCAGCACUUUGCCUGCCAUAUGCACCUUCUCCUGGUUAGGUGCCUUUCUCUGAGUGCUGAGCUUCACAGAAGUUGCCAGAGUGUCCAAGUCAUACAGUGGAUUUAGGAACUCCUUUGAAAUCAGCAGCUGCCAAACUGGCAUGGCCAGUCCUGAAACAGGCUGUCUUUCCCAUGGACAGAACACCUGAUAUGCUUCCUGCCCUGAGAGUCUAAAUCCCUCCUGGUUUAUAGGUGUUUUGGGGGGGAAUCUGAGAGACAGAAGACUCUUCCCUCCUCCAUAGUUAACACAGCCUGCCUAGGAUUUCAGUAUACUCAUGAUCCGCCCCUUCCAGAUGAUAUUCAAGGUGCGUUGCUUCCAAGAUAACCUUUUCUGCAUUAUCAUUUAAAAGGAAAUGCCUUGGCAGAAAGGGAAAAUUCUAGAAACACUGGUACUCACUGCGAAGUUGAUAUACCAGCUACAGCUUUCUGAAGAAGAAUAGUAGAGCCUUGGUUGAGAUACAGUUUGUAUCUGCCUCAGUUGGUCUGGCCAUAGUGUCUUUCUACUAAAACAGUCCAGUACUCUCCAUUCUUAGUUUUCAGUUUAUUACUCAACAGCAGCCAAAAGAAUUUGGUGAAUGCCUCUAGCAAAAGCAGCGGCCUCAGCAGGUAGAAUUCUUACCCAUGGGCAGAUCUGAUUCUGUUUAAGUAGAAUGGGAGACUUAACCAGAAUGGGUUGGAAUGGGUAAAUUCUACUCUAUAAUAUAAUAAUUUUUGCUCCCCAGUGCCCUGUCCUGGACCCUCAGGAUUUGGAGUCUUUAGAUGAAUGGCUUUCAGAACUAGAUUGCAUUUAGCAGAUGCCACUCAGAAAGAGACCAAGCCCCAUGAAUGGGACCUUUUCUUUGACCUUACAUCAUGGAAUAUCUGGCAUUUCUUGCUGGAAGUUGGGCCCCCUCCAGUGGUUCUCUCGAGGAUUCUUUUGGACCUUAAUAGGGAACCUGAGGCACAAGCCAUAUGUCGCAAGUUGAAGUAACAUUCCAAGGCUGCUUUCCUCAAGUAGGCUUUUUCAGAAGCUCAUUAAAUAUUCAUGCUGAAACUGACACGAAGACCCUGCCUGAAAUGUGAAGACACUUCAGUGGCGGGGCUAGGCAUUCCUCACAGACUAAGCCCAUCUAAGGCAGCAGACCCAAGGAGAUGGGGAAAGGCCCGGUCUUCCUUUUUAAGGAAUUGCCCUACACUUCAUGCUCCUGGGCUAAGACAGACAACAAUUAUGUUCAGUUCAAAUGAGUUACUAAACUGCAGGUACAGAUUUCCAGCUGAGAAGACAGACUCAUCAGAGUCCAGAUGGAGAGCCAGAAUAGCUGGCUCCUGGAUGUGGCCUUCUCACAGCCUGUGUGUAUGUGUGUUGUCAGUGAACAGGCAAUAUUUUUUUCUCUAUCCUCAUCGACGUAUAUAGUUUUGUCCAGAGACCUUGUAUUGGGUGCCUUGCUUUUGCGCAGUGGGACAAACUGGAGCAGAGUUGUAUACUGAAGAUACUAACUUUUUUCCCCCUGUAAUUGCCACUUGUGAAUUUUGUCCUGUGGCUUCUACUCAUGGCUCUUUCCUGCCUCUGGAGACAGGCUACUUCGUGCACAUAGCUUUCCCCACAGCACCCCAGGGCUUUCCCGCGUCCCCCUCCUUCCUGUCCUGGCUGCCCAUAGACACAGUCCAGCUUUCUCCUUCCUGCACGCUGCUUCCCUCUUUUCCCAUCAGGCCUUUUUAGACCUUUCCUCUUCAGUUUUGGUGCCAGUACUUUGUUUAAACGACGGAACGCAGAUUUGCUCAUCCUGGAAACGUGCUAUUAUUUGAUGUAGUCUGAUUGGUUAGUUUUUGUUUGUUUAUAUAUUUAUAGUAAUAAAUUCAUGCAGCAAUA